AUGAAGUGGUUUGAUCUGAUUUGGAAAUAUUAUGGUACUCAGCAGGAAUCAAAGAAAAUGAUGGACCAGCCGGUUAAUGGCGUAAACCGGAAUAUUUUUCUUUGUUCCCAGUGUUGCACGGGGAUCGGAUCCAUUGUACGUAAAAAAGAAGUUGGUUUAACAGCCGCAUGCACACUGCACAGCUCUAUAAAAAUAACAUUCAAUUUCGAUCUUUAUAUGGAAAUGAUAUGUCAAGGUCUAAAGACAGCAGUUGUAUCAGCAACGACAUUCGUUAAGAAUUCCCAGCCAUUUCAGUGUCGAGAAAACUGUUUGACUCGAAACUAA